AUGUUGUAUAGAAUAAUGAAAAAUAAGAAGAAAAAUGAAAAUAUAUCGACUGAAGAAAAAGUAGAACAACUAGUAGAAAAUGUUAAUACACAAAAGCGUGAAGAAAUUAAAGAGCGACUAAUGUUUGUGAAAUACUUUCAAGAAGUGUUGGAGAAGGUAAGAGAUAAAAAAGAAAAUAAGACAGCUAAAAAUGAAAACUUGAAAGAGCAAUUAAUUUUGGAGUUUUUGGACGAUAAGGAGAUGACUACAAUUGCAGCUGAUAAAAAAAUAUAUAACUAA